AUGCGAGCCAGCGGAAGCGCACGUCGACCGAUCAUACUGUGUCACGAUGAGGCACUGGCGGAGAUGAUCGUGCAGCAUUACCACGAGAGGAUGUGCCACCAAAACACGGAGGCAACCAUCGGAGCGAUCCGGCAGAAGUUCUGGAUUACGAACUUACGGAGGCUGCUACGAAGGGUGGUGAGCAAAUGCAACGUUUGCAAGCUGCGAAGGGCAGGACCAACUCAGCCCGAGAUGGGUCCCCUACCAGAGGACCGGCUGGAAGCCAACGGAUGGCUUUUUAAGUUCACUGGAUUGGACUAUUUUGGCCCGCUAUUUGUGACGGUUGGACGACGCACGGAGAAGAGGUGGGUGGCUCUGUUUACGUGUCUAACCACAAGAGCUAUCCACCUGGAGAUGGCUCACGAUUUGUCCACCGAUUCCUGCAUAAUCGAUAUGAGGAACUUUAUGUGCCGACGUGGACCCGUCGUCAGGAUUAGGAGCGACAAUGGGAAAAACUUCGUUGGAGCCGACCGCGAAGCCAGGAGGUUCAGCGAAGUGUUCGAGCCUGCACAGAUCCAGGGCGAGCUGUCGUCCAAAGGAGUCGAAUGGGUCUUCAAUUGGCCGGCGAACCCAUCUGAGGGUGGCGCCUGGGAAAGGAUGGUGCAGUGUGUGAAGAAGGUGCUGGCGCACACGAUGAAAGAACUUGCGCCCAAGGAGCACGUACUGGAGAACCUGCUGAUUGAGGCGGAGAGCAUAGUGAACUCUCGUCCGCUCACUCAUCUACCAGUGACGGUGGACCAGGAGGCUCCACUGACACCCAACGACAUGCUGAAGGGAGCACCCGAUGUUCCAGACCUUCCCAAGCAUGACGGACAGGAGUUCGUGAGAUGCGCUACCAGGAAGCAGUGGCGCAUAGCGAGGAUGAUGCGGGAUCGUUUCUGGAAGAGAUGGGUGAAUGAGUACUUGCCUACACUUGUGCGCAGGGAGAGAUGGUGCAAGCACGUCGAGCCAAUUCGCCGAGGAGACCUGGUGUUCAUCUGUGAUCCUGCUAUACCACGAAGGGAGUGGAAAUGA